AUUUUUUUUUUUUUAAUUAACCACGCCGCUUGGGAGGAUUGGGGGGAUUUCACACAGCACCAAAAGGCGCUGAAGUCAAUUCAGAAGCUGUGUCAAGAUUACUGAUGGAUAUUUAAGUUCUUCACACGCUAGCUAUGCUUCCUCCCCGCCGGUAGGUGGCAGUACUGUAUCCGUUUCAACCACUUGAGUUUUGAAGGGACACUCGUCUAUCUUGUGGGCAUGUACAUACAGCUCUUCUCUUGCAUUACGCUGUAACUAACGCUAGCUACAUUUCACAGUCAACACACUGGAGCUCUUGACUGCGUCAACUUGACUGCGUGCAUUUCGCGCCACAGACAGACAGAUACAAACAAACAUGUCGACAGUCUUCUCCUUCCAGACACAGCUCGUCUCCAUCAUGGACGCGUUGUCCAAAACAGCUGCAAUGGAAAUAAGCAAACUGGUCGAUAUCGAGUCGAAGAUGUUUAAAAUUGAGAUAACUCGCGGGCGGAACGAAAUCGUCUCGCUCACAGAGAAACUGCUGCUGAUGGAGAAAUUGCUUUACAUCGCUCAGGGGGGCAGGCAGCAGGACGCAGCAUGCUCAGUGGGGAGGGACGCGAGUCUGGAGCCUGACAGGACAGGACCGCAUGCCAUGAAAGGUGAAAGCCCAUGGGAAAGCAUGAGGUCCUCCACUGAGAUGAGCACAUGGCAUCAUGUUCAAGGUGAAGAGCAUGCCAUAGUUGAACUCCCAAACCCUCUGAAAGAGCAACCAGAACUCAUUGUGGUAAAGGAAGAGCCAUCGGAGGUGGACAACAGUGACUGUGAACAACACAGGACAAGUGAGAACCGAAGGGAAGCAUUAUCAGACACCUCGAAGAUUUCAGAAGUGAUGCAGUGUCCCAAACCUGGCGCAGAGCGCCUGCAGUCUAUGUUAACUGAAAGCUUUGUGACCAUGAGCAGCCAGUCGUCUUUCGCUGGACCAGGGAGGAGAGAAAUACAGUGGAAUCCACAGCUUACACCUGCACACACAAACCAAGUGGCUGUGAAAAGCAUGGCUCAAAAUGUUGCCUCCCAAAGCUUAAGUGUGCUCAGGAAUAUGAAGCUUCACAACUUGAGGAACUCGGCUGCGAAGAGGUUCGGGUGCUUGCAGUGCGGAAAGAGCUUCAGAUGCUUUAGCCAGCUUGAAAUACACCAGAGGAGUCACACAGGAGAGAAACCAUUCAGGUGCACGUUGUGUGGAAAGAGAUACGCUCAAAAAGGACAUUUGUACACACACCAGCGUACACACACUGGGGAGAAGCCCUACCGCUGUCCUAUUUGUGGAAAGGGCUUUAUUCAAAAAUGCACCCUCGAUAUGCAUCAGCGUACACACACCGGGGAAAAACCUUUUGUUUGUAUCAAAUGUGGCAAGGGCUUUACCAAGAACUGCAAUCUGAAAAAACACCUCGCUGUACAUCUAGAUCCUAUGGUAGUGAUGUAUGGUAGUGAAUCUAGUGUACCUACAUAUAGUGGGACAUUCAUAAAAUCUUGGCCACAUUUCGACACAUCCAGCCUCUCUUUCGAGAUGAUGUGCGACACCACAAACCGAAGUUUUCGGGCGCAGUUAGCCGCCGUCCUGGAUAAGCUAACGAAGGCGGCUUUGGUGGAAAUAGGCAACAUCGCUGACGAAUGCUCCUCCGUCCUUCACACCGAGAUAACCCAUCACAAAACGGAGAACGAGACGCUGAAGAGGAGGUGCUACCUACUGGAGGUCCAGCUGAGAGCCGCGAAGGAGGCGCAGACUUAUUCUGCUCAUGUCAACAGUCUUAACCGCCGACACUCCGCAGAACCGCAACAGUCUGCUCCAGCCAUCGAGGCAGUGUUCGGAAAGGACUGGUGCAUGGAUCUGUGGAGAGACGAUAAGCUGCCCCCCCAAAGGAAGGAGGCAGUGGAGCCUCCUGCUAUGCCGAGCAUGGGGGCCCAGGCAAUAGACUUACUGGAGAGCGAACCUGACCUCAUCUUUGUCAAGGAGGAGAUUUAUGACGAUUAUCCCAUUGGCCAGCAGAUGAGGCUCACAGAUAAUAGAAAAGUUGUUGGGAUUUUUGAAGAAGACAGCAUGCUUCAUAGAUCUGUUGAUGAGCUGCAGCUUGAUUCUGGGGAAUUAAACAGCUUCCCCAUGACGGCUGACAGUCAAACACAACAACGCACACAACCGACAAUUAUGGACAAGUUGAUCGAUGUUGCAACAAUGAACACUCUGGUCGACAACGCGCAUCAUCCCUCGGCCGCCGCCGAAUACUCCGACUAUCCAAACAGUAUCCACAUGAAUUCGACCAAGGAUGUCAACAUUCAGCCAAAACCCAUGAAGCCAAUAAAACGCUUUGAGUGCUUAUUCUGUGGGAAGAUAUUCAACUAUUUGAGCAGUUUAAAAGUCCACAUCCGGCGACACUCUGGCGAGAAGCCGUUCAGCUGCUCAGUUUGCGGGAAGCGGUUCGCUCAGAAAACGUACCUGAAACUGCACCAGCGCGUGCACUCCGGAGAGAAGCCGUACAGCUGUCCGGACUGUGGGAAAAGUUUUUCCCAGAAAAGCUCUCUGAACAUACAUCUUCGAACGCACACAGGGGAAAAGCCUUACAGCUGUGUGGAUUGUGGGAAAUGUUAUGCGUACAAGUAUGGUUUAAAUCACCACCAGUGUUUCAACUGACUAAUCAAACCAUGUGAUUAUUAUUAUUAAUAAUAAUAAUAAUACUACUACUACUACUAUUUAUUAAGAUUAUUGGUAAGAAGAAUCCGAUCACAACUGUUACUUCAAGUGCACGCUGUAUUGCUCAAAGGAGCUCAAUAUGGUUGGAAAUGUAGAUUUCAAAUACUCCUAUUUAUAUCAAAGAAAGCUAUGGUUAAUGAUGGUGCUGCUGCAAAAUCUAGUUUGAUGUGUUUUUAGCUUUAGUGUGAAGAGAUAUGCUGCAGCAGCCAAGCAAGGGGACAGAGAAUGACUGACUUCUCUAGUGUUCCAUUUGAAUUGGCGCAUUUUGGUUUGGUAAAUUUGUCACGCCCUCAAUGAGCAUUUAAAGUCCUUAUUACAUCAUUAUUUGUGAUUAAAUGUCAUAGAUCAGAUGAGACCUUUCUGCUGCCUACAUUUAAUGUAAGGUGCUCAUCCAAACUAUGACAGAAAUACUUACAUGUUAUACAUUGCAUGCAUAUGGUUGGGGUAACAUAUUAUACCUCACUGUUUUCAUGCCACCAAAGGCCUGGGUCAAAUAAUGCCAAAAUACUUACAAGUGCUCCAUUGUUUGCACACAUGAAGCAAAAACCUUCUAAACUACCUCUUCCCAACCAUGUAGAAGUAAAACACCUGGCUGCAUUUGCUUCGUUGCCCAGUCUCACCACUGUCACCUCAUGCCUCAUUCCUUCAGAUUUAAAGAAAGUGGGAACGGCUAUCUUUUUGAUAUACACGACUGUUUGAAGUGUUAGUUUCAUAUUAUUCAAAUGAGUACAAGUGGUUCUGGUUUUAAUGGUGUUACUGUUUUAAAUAAAUGUAUUUGUAGGAGCGCAUCACAAUUGUAGAAAGAUAUGUUGUGCUGUCGAUGUACAUUUAAGCCAAAUUCCAUUGGUUUACUUUCUAAAUGUGACGCAUUUCG